CACCGCCGGGGUGUCUGUGUCUCACUCCACAGAGAGAGAUUUGUGUGAUGUGUCGUUAGGUCGAAAUGGUCGAGUCGGGUCGGGUCGUGUACCUUUUGCCACGAAUGUUGUGCCACAGUCAGGCUCUGACUCGAGAACAGCUGAGAUUUCGCUGCUCCGCAUGACGCGCAUUUUAUCGAAGAUACAAAUAGCAAAGAUACUUGCGCUUGAGUUUGAAAUUUUUUCAAGUCCCAACGCCUUUCUUCUUCGUGUGUGCCGAUCGUGAAAAGAAAUCUAAAUCUAAAACAAAUCGCAAACAAAAAAUAAACGCCAAGUGAUUUUAAGUGAAGCGUGCUACAAUGUUGGCUACAAAAUAAAAAAAAAAAUAGAAAAUAUUUUUGAAACAAAAAUAUAUGAAAAUAAAUUAAAGAAUUCGAAACGCUAACGAGAUAACCAACUCUGAGCCAAGGACUCAGCAUUACAAAAAAUACAUCCCAGUGAAUAAAUCGCGGGCGGUACGAGUGCGUACAAAGUGUAUUCCAGCAAUUACUCCACGUGUUCCGACCCAGCCGCCAAAAUUAUUACGCACAACUCUUUGAGCGUGUACGGUGGCGGCGUCAUGUGCGCCUCCCCGUCCACGGCUCCCGGAUUCUUCAAUCCCCGCACCCAGUCCGGCGCGGAGCUCUCGCCCUUCGACCUGGGCCUCUCCCGCUCGAUGGGUCUGGGCGUCCCGCCGCACACAGCCUGGCACGAGCCGCCCAACCUAGGCAGCCACCUGCACGCGGCCUCCGCCGGUCCCGGCGGUUCGCUGGCCGGCACAGGAGCCACCGUAGCUGGUGGAGCGCCCAGUGCCGGUGUAGCCACCGCCGGCGGUGGCACCACGCCCAGCAGCGUGGCCAGCCAACAGUCGGCCGUGAUCAAGCAGGACCUCUCGAGCCUCAACCAGAGCUCCGGCCACCACAACAUCAAGGAGGAUCUCUCCAGCCUGCCGAGCGCCAACGGUGGAUCCGCUGCGGGUCACCACUCGGGUGGUGGCAAUGUCCAAGGACACGGCUCCGAUAUGCUGCCCCUAAUCAAGGGCCAUGGCGGCCAGGAAAUGCUCACCACCAUCAAGGGCCAGCCGGUGGGCUGCGGCAGCACCACGCCCAGCUCCCAGGCGAACAGCUCCCACUCCCAGAGCAGCAACAGCGGAUCCCAGAUCGACAGCAAGCAGAACAUCGAGUGCGUGGUGUGCGGCGACAAGAGCUCCGGCAAGCACUACGGCCAGUUUACCUGCGAAGGCUGCAAAUCGUUCUUCAAGCGCUCCGUGCGACGCAAUCUCACUUAUUCGUGCCGCGGCAGCCGAAACUGCCCCAUUGACCAGCACCAUCGGAAUCAAUGUCAAUAUUGCCGCUUGAAGAAGUGCCUCAAAAUGGGCAUGCGACGCGAAGCUGUACAACGUGGCCGCGUUCCGCCCACCCAGCCCGGACUGGCCGGCAUGCACGGACAGUACCAGAUCGCCAACGGAGACCCCAUGGGAAUCGCUGGCUUCAAUGGGCACUCGUACCUCAGUUCCUACAUCUCGCUGCUUCUGCGGGCGGAGCCGUAUCCCACCUCCCGAUAUGGCCAGUGCAUGCAGCCAAACAACAUCAUGGGCAUCGACAAUAUCUGCGAACUGGCCGCCCGACUCCUCUUCUCGGCUGUGGAGUGGGCCAAGAACAUACCCUUCUUCCCGGAACUGCAGGUGACCGACCAGGUGGCGCUCCUCCGACUGGUCUGGUCGGAACUGUUCGUCCUCAACGCCAGCCAGUGCUCCAUGCCGCUGCAUGUGGCGCCUCUGCUGGCCGCCGCCGGACUGCACGCCUCCCCAAUGGCCGCCGACCGAGUGGUCGCCUUCAUGGACCACAUCCGCAUCUUCCAGGAGCAGGUCGAGAAGCUGAAGGCGCUGCACGUGGACUCGGCGGAGUACUCCUGCCUCAAGGCCAUCGUGCUGUUUACCACCGGUAAGUUGCUGGACAUCCUUUACAAGGAUGUGCCGGCGCUGCUCGCCAAGGUUUCAGGGCUGCUGGUUAAGGGACUUGCGGCGUCGAACGAUGAUAUUUUGAAUGUGGUGCGCGAACACCUGGACGAGUUGAACCGCCUGGAGAUGGAGUCCAAGGCGCCCCAACAGGCUCCCAUACACCUGGCUACUUUCAUGAAGAGCGUGGCCGGCGUCGAGGCUGCAGUGCAGCAGGCCGAGAAUCAGCAGCAGCCUGCCUCCUCUGCUGCUGCCGCUCCUGCUGCUCCCCUGCUGCCCUCUGCCGGCAGUGCCUUCAGCACCUGCCAGGCCAAGGGUGCCGGCUCCGAAAUGGAUCUUCUGGCCAGCCUGUACGCCCAGGCCCAAGCCACACCCCCCAGUUCGGGAGGUGACGCCUCCGGGCACAAUAAUAGCAGCGGUCUGGGCGCCUCGCUUCCUACUCAAUCGCAAAGCGGUUCGUCCUCCCUCAACCUAACCGCCUCGCCUCUGAGUACUUCGCUGGCCCCUCCCGCCUCGACGGCAGCCCCUGCGGUGACCACCACCACUGCGUCCUCCACUGUAUCCUCGUCCUCGGCGCUGGGCGGUGGAGCCUAUCAGACGCUGUUCCACUACCAAACGCCUCCGCGUGCCCCUUUCGGAUCGGCCUUCGAUAUGUUCCACCACAGUACGCCCUUCGGGGUGGGCGUGGGCCAGGGGUCCUUCGGGAGCCCCAGCUACAGGUACUCGCCCUAUAGCCUCGCCGGCAGUAGAUGGCAGUUGUAGGAUCUCACCCUGUACUUGUCUGUAAAUCAGUAAUCUGUAUCUAUAUAGCUGCUAGGUCCAUCCUCUGUACAUGUACUUACGUUAGUGCCUAUUGCUAGUUUUGUCUAUUUAUUGCCUUAUGCUAAGUUAAUUUAUUUUAGUGGUAAUCCUUAGCUUAGACUCGUCUAGUGAAUUUUGCCAAAAUACCAAAAAUCGAUGAGGGAGGAGAGAAAAGAAUUUAUGAAUAUACAAAAAGCUGUUGCUGUUAAACAAAAAAUCUAAUCCUGGCUUGUGUUUUUACUCGUUAUUGUUACUAAUGCUUACACCGCUUGUUGACUAAUUUUAAA